CUAAGAGAGUUGAGGUUAGAGGUUAUGUUUGUUUGGUAUUCAAGCUACUUUAUACUCGUUUAGCCUACUCAAGUGCUUUUUUUAAAAUGUUAGAAAGUGAAAGUCCUGACGACGAAGGCCUAGGUAAAGAAACAAAUAAACGAAAAAGAGGUGUACGAAAUAUUGAAAAAUAUAAAGUGAAUGUUAUUAAAAAGGCCAGAAUUCGAGGAGAUGAAUACGUCAACUACAAAGGAAAUGUUACAGAAGCACGUACAACUGGAAUACCAUGCACGUGCAGAAUGAAAUGUUUUGAACGUAUAACUGAAGAGGAUCAAUUAGAUAUUCUAAAUAGAGGAGGAAGCUUUCAAAACAAAGAUGAACAAGAUUUAUUUUAUCAGUCAUUAAUAGAAGCCCAUCCUGUUAAAACUAGAAGAUCAAGAGUUACUACACAAACUGAAGAAGAACCUAAGCCUAAGCAUUCUGUUGCACAUGAAAGUUCUUUUACCUUUCAUGUACUGGUUGGUGAAAAAAGAACUAAAGUUUGCAAAAAGGCUUUUUUGAGUUUGUAUGGAAUAGGCGAUAAAAAGGUUAGAAGACUUAAAAAUUUACUUUUAAAAGGUAAGUCGCCUAGAGACUUAAGAGGACAGCAGAUGAAUAGGAAAACGUUUCCUAAAGAUUAUACGGAUCAAAUAAAAAAGCACAUUGAGUCCUUCCCUUUAAAAAUAAGUCACUACUCAUCUAAGGAAAUUAAGUACUUAGAUGCCAACCUUGAUAUCAAGAAAAUGUACAAUCUGUUCUUAGACAAAUUUGAGGGAAGCGAUGUAGUUUAUAGCUACUAUUAUAAAGUAUUUAAAGAGCAUUUUAACUAUCGGUUUGGAAGGCCCCAGAUUGACACAUGCUGUGAGUGUGAAAUGCUUAAUACUCGCAUUAAAAACCCUCAACUAAAUGAGACUGCUAAACGAGUAGCUGAAGCACAGCUAUUAGUUCACAAGAAGCGUAGUAACAAAUUUUAUAAAUCAAUUAGUGAGACCAAAGAUUACUGCGCCUCACACAAAAACGCUUUACUUUUAUGUUUUGACUACUGUGCUAACAUAUCUUUGCCAACCCUUCCAGUUCAGGACGUGUAUUACCUCAGACAGUUGUCAGUUUACCCAUUCGCUAUUCACAAUAGCAAUAAUGACUCAGCAACUUUUUACCUAUACCAUCAAGGUGUUGCUGCUAAAGGUUGCAAUGAAGUUUGCUCUUUCAUACAAAAAUACAUUAAUGACAAUGUACCUGCAAAUGUUGAUGAAUUGUACCUAUACAGUGAUAACUGCACAGGUCAAAACAAAAACCACACCAUGAUCAGGUUUUUGCAAUAUCUCAUAGACAGUGGAAGAUUUAAAAAAAUUGUGUAUAGACUUCCAAUAAGAGGACACUCGUACCUGCCAUGUGAUAGGGUUGAAAUUUCACCUCCCACUGACAUUCUGUAUAAAGAAAAAGUUCCUAUACCAAAGAAGAAAAUGGAUGACAUCAAGAAGCUUGUCCAAUACGUUCCUCAAGAACACCUAGCCUUUUACCAUGAGCUUGUUUGUUGGCCAACAAUUGAGAAAGACAGUUAA